AGCCUCAACCUUGCCAUGGCUUCGGCUGGUCUGCAAAUCCUGGGCAUCGUCCUGACUCUGCUUGGCUGGGUGAAUGCUCUGGUGUCCUGCGCCCUGCCCCUGUGGAAGGUGACCGCCUUCAUCGGCAACAGCAUCGUGGUGGCCCAGGUGGUGUGGGAGGGGCUGUGGAUGUCCUGCGUGGUGCAGAGCACCGGCCAGAUGCAGUGCAAGGUGUACGACUCGCUGCUGGCGCUGCCCCAGGACCUGCAGGCUGCCCGCGCCCUCUGCGUCAUCGCCCUCCUGUUGGCUCUGCUCGGGCUGCUGGUCUACCUCGCGGGAGCCAAGUGUACCACCUGCGUGGAGGACAAGGACUCGAAGGCCCGUCUGGUGCUUGUCUCUGGGAUCAUCUUUGUCAUCUCAGGGGUCCUGACCCUUAUCCCUGUCUGCUGGACGGCCCACACCAUCAUCCGGGACUUCUACAACCCCCUGGUGGCAGAGGCCCAAAAGCGGGAGCUGGGGGCCUCCCUCUACCUGGGCUGGGCCGCCUCUGGCCUUUUAUUGCUGGGUGGGGGGCUGCUGUGCUGCACCUGCCCCUCUGGGGGGUCCCGGGGCUCAAACCAUUAUAUGGCCCGAUACUCAGCGUCUGCCGCCCAUGCCAUGUCUCAGGGUCCCUCUGAAUAUCCCACUAAGAAUUAUGUCUAAUUUUGGUAGGGCAUGGGGGCUCCCUUGACAGUGGAGUCUAACCCUCUGAGAUGGAGACCUGGAAACCCUGAUCCAUUCUGCUCUUGGGGUUGUUUUUGUAUCUUUUUCUUUUUCCUUUUCGGGGCAGUGGUAUUUUUAAAAUUCAUUUGGUAAACCUAGCCAAGAAACUCAAUCUCUCUUGGGCUCUGCUGCUGGUGUUUCUCACCUUUGGAUGAUGGAGCCAAGGAAGUGAUGCUUCACCGUUUCUGGAUCUUUCUCCACCCUGGAUGUCCCUAUUUCGGAAGCCAACCUGCAGCUGUGGGCCAGUGUGAAGGCUGCCGUUCAGAUGCUCUCAGCCUGUCCCCAAGAGUCCCUCCUUAGGGGUCAGGCCUCUGGAACUCCCAGGUGAUAAGUUACCAAAGAACCGCCCACCUCCAAGUAUUCCGACCUCUGGCUCCUCUACCCUGAGUCCCGCCCCAGCUGGGCUGUAGACCCCAGACCCCCUCGCUCAC